GCUCCUCGAGCCUUUCUUCCUAUCAUCAUCAUCAAAGUCCUUGCGAGUUUGUUUGGUUUUUCUAGCGUUUAAAUAAACUUGUGUUUUUAAGUAAGUAUAGUGCAAUGGCGUCUCAUCAAGAGAAGAAGCAGCUGGACGAGAGGGCAAAGAAGGGAGAGACUGUUGUACCAGGUGGCACCGGAGGCAAAAGCUUCGAAGCUCAACAACAUCUCGCUGAAGGGAGGAGCCGAGGAGGGAAAACUCGGAAGGAGCAGUUAGGAACUGAAGGAUAUCAGGAGAUGGGACGCAAAGGCGGACUUAGCACUGGAGACAAGCCUGGUGGGGAAAACGCUGAGGAUGAAGGAGUCGAGAUAGACGAAUCCAAAUUCAGGACCAAGACCUAAUUAAAUCGAAGCUUCCCACGGUUGUAAUAUUAUAAUCCGGUUUAUAAACUUUCCAUCUAGUUAUACGUACGUUAUGUUUAGUUUCCUGUCGUACGUAAGUUCUUUGUUUAUUUUGCGGGAUGAUGAUGGCCAUGUGUACUUUUUCGUCUACGUAAAAGUUGUUUCGUUUGUUUUCCGGUAGCCAAUGUUUUGUCUCGUCUUUAAUAGUAAGUUAAAGAUUGUGGGAUA